AUGGAAGAAUUACCUACAUCAGAAAAUCUCUUCCAGCUCUGGAUGAUUUACUCUGCCAAGAAUGACAUUGAAACCCUUAAGGAGUUUUUGGCUAUUUUCAUCAAAACUUACAAGAACUUGAUUGACUAUGAUUUUGACCACCUCAACGAAGUGUUUUCAGAUGAAGGACCCCAUAUGACCAGACUCCCUGAUGGCAUCCUUCAGGUAUUUCGAAACCACCUAUCACAGGCGAGUGAGAUCUAUGCUCAACAGAAAGAUCCGUCACACCUCACACUUGCCAAGUCGAUUUUACAGUGCCUUAUUGUCAUAUGCAGAAAUUGUGACAAUGUGCCUAUGGUUGCCUCCUGUGGUUUUGUGAAGUAUAUUGUAAACAUCGGGAUGACCAUUAUUGAACAAAUGUCAUCAGACUUACCGCCAGAAGAGAAGGAAGAGUUGUCUACCUUUGUGAGACUUACUGUCCAUUUCUUUGAGUGCCUCUACGAUCCAUACUUUGUGUGGCGUCGUCGGAUUAGAGAGUGGACUGUAGACAGAAGUAGAAUCAAGUGUAGACCAGCCUCUCUUCAUGUUGAAGUUGUCCCAUAUUUCUACGAUUGUUGUGAACGUGGAAAUUUCAGUACAGACCUGAAACUCAGACAGCUUCACAUGUUCGGGGCCAUAAUGUGUGGAGACCAGUCAAAUGCAUUAAAAGUGAUCACUCCUGCUACCCUGGAUGUCCUGCUCAAGAUGCUGGUUUUUGACAAGAAACAGGGUCCAACAAACGAACAGCGACAGGAAUUGCUCACUCUGAAGGAGCUAGUCCUCAAGUCUAUCAUCUGUAUGGUUCAUAUGAUACACGGUGCCAUACCAGAUCAGAGACAGGUAGAGGUUUCCCAGGUGAUGGAGGGCUACAUGCAGGUGCUACUGGAGAAUGACAUGGAGCCAGAGGAUGAACAUGAAACUCGUAUGCAGAUUGCCAUGAUAGGUGCCAUUAACGAGAUGUUGGCAUGUCAGGAUAAAAGUGCCCUACAGGUCAUCAUGGUGAGCGGUGGCACGUUCGAUGCAUUUGUAUCACUGCUACAGAAAACUGCUUUGACUGGGAGCGAGGCCCAGAGACUAGCCAUGUCUGUACUGCGGGUGAUGAGUACAGUGCUGUCAGGUUCUGUAAAUGCCAAGGAGAGAUUCCAGCUAAGGGUUGGUUAUACAAAGUUUGUGGAGGCUUUGAAGAGCCUUGGACAACCAUCUAUAGAGCUACUAAAGGCGGUCUUAAAUCUGGUUGUGGAGAGCGAUUUUGACAACACAGAAGAACUCAAUGUACAUAAUACACAAGCAGCCAUUAUGUUGCUAUGUUGGUUGCCUGACAUACAGUCACAUGAUCUCCAAAUAUGGCUGUCAGAGAGUCUGAGCACGCUCUGUGGGAGAGGUCACAACAACAAGAUGAACUGCUGUAAUGACGGAAUGAUCAGUGCCAUUUUAACCGUUCUAGGACGAGAACGUCAAAUCAAUCAGAAAGCUGUUGGUCACCUCAUCAGCCUCCUGGAGUCCCUGGGGACCCAGUCCAUCACAGCAACAGAGUUAAAACAGCUAAUCGGUCUCCUGCGAUUGGAUGAAGAGGAAAAACAGAAUCCGUACUGUAGUCGUCUGAUGCAUGCUAUAUCCACUAUGGCCCGCCGUGAGGGGAAAGAGGGAGCACUUCAUUUCUUCAACCUCCAGGAAACAGCAGAUUGUAUAACAUUGCCAUCUUUCCGGAAAUGGCCUGGUGCUGGAUUCUCCUUCCUGUCUUGGAUUUGUCUUGAUGGUACUGUAGACACUAAACUUCACAACCUACAGGACAAAACCUCCUACAGAAGAAUCCUUUAUAGCUUUGUGUCCAAUGCUGGGUGUGGAUUUGAGGCGUUUGUGACGCCAACUUUUGAUAUUGUGAUAGCUGUAUAUAACCGUAAAGAAUACUCUACUGUGAUAGUAACAGAUACAGGCCUCAACGACAAUCUCUGGCAUUGUAUAGCCAUAGUCCAUACCAGUUCACGUCGGCCAUUCACCAAUAGUCAGCUCAAUGUCUACAUUGAUGGGAGACUCAAACUCAACUCACAAUUAAAAUCUCCUAACAUGACUGAAGCGUUUACGUCUUGCCGUGUUGGAUCGCCAUGCCCUCGUUCAACCAUGAACUUGGUACUCGACCAAUCAGGUCCAGUCGCGGACACAAAGACUAAAAAAUCACCUCUGAAGUUCUUAUUUCCAAGCCAAUCAAAGCCAAGUCCCUGUGAACCAGGGGUGAACUCCUUACUGACUGGAACACAGGAUGAUGCGUGGGGGUCUCCCAUUUCAAUUCACGGACAACUUGGUCUGAUCUGCUUCUUCCAUGAUGCUUUGCAUCCAAGUCAAGUGAAAGCUUUAUUCUCAGCAGGACCAAAUCAUCAGACAUUAUUUGCCAAUGAAGAAUUCUCUGAAUUGAAUGAUCUAGUCCCAAAGAUGGUUCUCCAAUAUGAUGCCAAGGCAUCCAGGGAUGGACUGUGUGUGGACCUGUCUCAGAAUCUAAAUCAUGGCCAGCUCAUUGGCAAACGGUGUGUCACCUGGGAUAUCAAGGAUGUGAUCAACUGUAUUGGCGGUAUUCAGGUGCUAAUUCCUCUGCUUGAGCAGGUGAACAAAGGUCCCUUCCCUGGGGAGGUGGUCAUAUCCCCUCCCGAAAGUCCAGGUGUCAUGUCACACUCCAGUUCACAGGAACAAGAUGACUGGGUUGUUAUCCCUAGUAGUUCAUAUGCAGAUGCCAAACUAGAACAGAACCAGGUGUCGGGAUUCCUGACCUUGUUACGCCACAUGGUUCACACCAAGAGCAUGAACCAGGACACAUUUGUUAGAACUGGUGCUGCCACCACACUCGGAGCUCUCCUGCAAAAGGUUGACCCAAAGCUGAUAGAUGUCAACGUAUUAAUGGCCGUCCAGUUACUGGUGGAGACGACGAUGACUGUCAACAAAAGUAUGGUGAACCAUCUUUAUCAGCACAUCCUGUUUGACUUCAGGAUCUGGAGCAAGAGCGAAUUCCCUGUCAGGAUAGGGCAUAUCCAGUACCUAUCUACAAUAAUCAAAGACGACAGAAAAUACUUCAGGAAGAAAUUUGGUGUACAGUAUAUAAUGGACAUAGUUAGAACCUACUACAGUUCUUGUGAAAGUGGAUUAUCAGCGGUGGAUGCCAAGACGAUUCGCGGAUCCCUUCUUAGUCUAGUCAAGUAUUACAUGACAAAAGAUGUCACUGCAGAGGAGGUGUCCACCAUCAUCUCCUUCAUCCUCACUGUUAAGGAAGAGGACUUGGUGUGUGAGACCCUGGAUAUGCUACUCUCUCUGCUGGACAUGCAGAGACGGCAGGACCAGCUAUAUCUUUUCAUGUUUGAACCUGAUAUGGCAGAACUGUUUCUGGGACUUUUAGUCAAGGGAGGAUACUCUGUCAUGUUCUACGAAAAAAUCAUAAAGGUGCUACAUACAAUUUUGAAGUCAGAUAAAGUAUAUGAGAAAAGCAAAAGUCGUGUUCGCCUCAACGAAUGUGGUCAUCUUGGAUUGGUUGGCAUGAUGCAGAACUGUGAAGUAUCAGGACCUAUGAUCAAACGCUUCAUUGAAUUUGUCGCCAUCGCAGAUUCACCACAGUGCUGUAAUUCCCUGUUGGCGUUAUUACAACUGAUAUAUUACAGCAGUUCUGAUAUUAAGUUGGAGGCCAGUCGACAGAUAUUAGCUUUACUGGUCGGUAAAGUGAAUUCUGCCAAAAAUUUCUCCAAGCAAUUGGGAUGGCAGGAAGCUUUAACAAAGCUAUUCAUCUUCCGUUCAACUGUUGAUCACCCUGUUAACAAUCAUGACAGUGUAGAAGGUUCUGAGAACCCUGUUGGUGUAACAGUUAGUGAUGUUUCUGCAUUGACAAAUAGUAGGGUUCAAACAGCUAGAGAAGGGAGGGAGGAUUCACCGUCACAGAUAACAGUGAAUGGGACUCCGAAACACCCAACAUCAUUGAAUCUUGGUGCUAAUGACUUUUCUCUCACACCCACACCAAAUACUCCACGCACACCCAUGUUCAUUUCACAACAGCAAUUUGAAGACAUUGCUAACUCCGAAGACGAACGCCCAAGAUCAAUGAGUCGAAGUUCAAGUGCAAGUGUUGAGGAUUUAAACACAUUAGGUCAAAGAUCACAAGACCGAUCGGGGUCUGUUGUCAGCCAAUCAGCAUUAAGUAUUUCAACCAGUGACAGUAUCAUGAGCCUGACAGAUGUCACAGAAGGAGGGCCUGAGGAAUCUGGAAGAAAAUCCCAGGACGAGGUUCAGCAUAUACAGCAAGCGUUAGAUAAUCUCGGAAUACAAAAGAUCUAUGUACGGAACAAUAUUGAACGCACUGAGGAACUUUCCCAGAAUCUGUUGAUCAUACUUCUCAGUUUGAUGUGGAAGGGUGUUGAAGGAUCAGACAAAACUGCAUGGAAGGAACGAGGACAGGUGUUUUCUUGGAUUGACAGAAUUGCAGAGACACAUGAGCUUUUACGAUCCCCUACAGAGUUGAAGCGUCGUCUGCUGGAGAUGAUGCUCCACUCAUGUACCUCAGACAUUAGGGAAGCUGGACAAGCAGUGGCAGGUCCAACAGAAAAUGCCAUUGAACUUGUCAGACUGGUUCGACACUUCAUGCAAGCAGACGUCAACCUUUUAUCCUGCAAGGAAGAUAAAUUCACAGAAAGGGAAAGUUCAGAAGGCUCAUUUCUGAUUGAAGACACGAUGACUCUGUUAGACAUUCUCUCCGUGUGGGAUGUGGAAUCGGACGGAGGAUGGAAAGAAAUGGCUCGUCUCGGACUUAACCUCCUCAUACUCUUUGCCAAACAUCCUAACCUGGAGUUGUGUGCUGUAGCAACAGCAAAGCUUCAUAACCUUGUCCAGACAAAGCUCAUCUCUAGUUCUGCCGAAGCUUCAUACAUCAUUGGCAACCUCCACACCAUCAUCGUCAAAGCUGUCACAGAGAAUACAGACAACUACUCCUUUCUAAUACCAGUAUUAAAGGCGCUCAUUGACAAAGCCUUUGACCUUCUGAAUCUUGACCUCCACCUGCCAAACUUGCCUCCAACUGCCAGAAGUCCAACUUUUUUCGACGAUUUCAGGGCCUACUGUCUCACAGAGGAAUGGACUCUGUUUGUGGAAAACUAUGUGAAUCCUCAAAUGAACCACUUUGUGGAGAACACGUUUGGUGACAUUGAGAUGGCAACUAAGGACUUUUGGACAGAUUGUGAGGAAGCCAUGAUGGUCAACAUGCACAAACGAAAUCGUGAAAGAGGGGACAGCAAACUCAAGUUCCAGACUCAGAUAAUGGAGCCAUUUAAAAGCAAAGCCUCACAUGAAAUACGAAGGUUUCAAAAUAUAACUACACAACUGCGUAACCAGCAACUUUCUACCCUCCGCCACUGGAGAGCUACACGGCGUUUUUUCACUGGCGAGCGUGGAGCUUGGGCAGACAGAAAUAUUGCUGCACAUCAUUGGAAACUGUCUAACCAGGAGAAUUUCUCACGCAUGAAGGUGAAACUAGUCCAAAACUACAAUUUUGAUCUUCAUACUGAGGCGGCGAUGCUGCGUGACAAUCUGGGCAUCAAUGAAACAGAUGACUCUGAGCAACUUAAGCGACUCAGUGUUGCUAAGGAAGCUUUGGUAUCCAAGGAAAACAUUGCAGAUGAUACAAUCACAGAUGAGGAGUGGAAUGUUAUUAGUUCUCAAGGACCAAGUGAACACAACGACAAAGAAAAACUGGUCCAUUCUGAAGAGUGUGAACUCGUGACCUUAGUGGAUGUCAUCAAAGGUCGUUUGGAGAUUACAACAACACAUGUGUAUUUUUUUGACUGCAGCUCAAACAAAGAGGAAGGAGGUGAAGACUUCAAGUGGGCUGUGUCCAAACUGAGAGAAAUCCAUUUUCGUCGCUACAACCUGCGCCGUAGUGCCUUAGAAAUGUUCCUGGUGGAUCAGACUAACUAUUUUGUUAACUUUCAGCCAAAGGUCCGAAACAAAGUUUAUAGUCGCAUUCUAGGUCUCCGUCCGCCAAAUCUGAUCUACUUUGGAUCACGAUCACCAGCAGAACUGCUCAAGUCAUCAGGUCUUACACAAAAAUGGGUACAAAGGGAGAUUUCUAACUUUGACUACCUGAUACAACUCAACACUAUAGCAGGGAGGACAUACAACGACCUCAGCCAGUACCCUGUGUUUCCAUGGAUACUGAGCGACUAUACCUCAGAAACACUAGACUUGGACAAUCCAGAUGUCUUCCGAGAUCUGUCAAAACCAAUUGGAGUUGUGAAUCCAAAGAACAUUGAGAGUGUCAGAGAAAAAUAUGAAACAUUUGAAGACCCUUCGGGAGUGAUUGAGAAGUUCCAUUACGGUACACAUUACUCAAACGCAGCCGGUGUGAUGCAUUACAUGAUCCGCAUGGAACCCUUUACAGGAUUACACAUACAACUUCAAAGUGGCAGGUUUGACGUGGCUGACCGACAGUUUCACUCCGUGAUUGCUACAUGGUCAAGUCUGAUGGACAAUCCUAAUGAUGUCAAAGAGUUGAUACCUGAGUUUUUCUACCUCCCAGAUUUUCUAGUCAAUAACAAUGGGUUUGACCUGGGAUUACUACAGCUGUCGAGGGAGCCUGUAGGGGAUGUGAUUUUACCUACCUGGGCCAAAUCUCCAGAGGAUUUCAUAUGGAAACAUAAGCAGGCCCUGGAGUGUGAACAUGUUUCUAGUAACCUGCAUCACUGGAUAGAUCUGAUCUUUGGAUACAAACAGAAGGGACCAGCAGCUGCUGAGGCGCUGAAUGUCUUUUAUUACUGUACCUACGAAGGUGCAGUGGACCUUGACGCUAUCAAAGAUCCGCGUGAGAGGAAGGCAUUGGAAGGAAUGAUUAAUAAUUUCGGUCAGACACCAUGUCAACUUCUGAAGGAGUCCCACCCUCGACGCAUGAGCUUCGAUGAAAUGGUGGCGAAGUCAAUCAAGAAUGACAAAGCUCUGAACGUUUUCUUCUUCCUCAACCAACUCAAGGUCUUCUUUGUCGAGGUAUCCAUGGAAACAGAUCCCUUGGUGUACAUCAGUGUUCCUCGUAAUCAGGCUCGAUCCAUCAUACAACAUGGCAUGCCAGACACAAUGGUGACCGUGUCGGAGGAGGGAAUUGUGGGAUUGCAUGGUUGGCUUCCGUAUGAUAAGUCCAUCUCUAACUACUUCACCUUCGACAAAGAUCCCGCUAUUGCAAACUCAAAGAUAAAGCGCAGAGUAGGGGGACCAUUUGCACCAGGAGUGAAAAUUGAUGCCAAACUGUUUGUGGUAUCCCAUGAUGCAAAGCUUCUCUUUAGUGGUGGUCAUUGGGACAACAGUUUACAGGUGUACAACCUUGGAAGGGGAAAAAAGGUCAACCACAUCGUCAGACACAUAGAUAUUGUGACGUGUCUGGCUCUGGAUUACUGUGGAAGUCAUCUCAUCACUGGGUCACGUGACACAACAUGUAUGAUUUGGCAGAUACAACAACAGGGAGGAGUCAAUAUGGGGAUCAAGCCUAACCCACUUCAGACACUUUAUGGUCACGAUGCUGAGGUGACUGCCGUCCAUAUCUCGACUGAACUGGACAUGGCAGUGUCUGCAGCCAAAGAUGGAACUGUGAUUGUCCACACUGUGAGGAAUGGCCACUACAUGAGGACACUACGGCCGCCCUGCUUGACCGGCUACACUCUCAACAUACCUAUGGUUGUUGUAGAUGAGUCUGGUCAUAUAGCCCUGUAUUGUCAUGAAACAUUCCCAAUAGAUCCAAAGGAGAGGUUUUCCAUCCACUUGUAUUCUGUGAAUGGGAAGCACUUAUUUGCGGAGAAAUUGAUGUAUGGUUUAGGUCACAUGAUUGUUUCUGGUGAACAUCUCAUUACUGGAGACACACAGGGCAACCUCAAUGUCCUGGAAAUCUUUGCCUUGAAGACAUUGACGUCACUCCCCCUCCAUGUUCCAAUUCACUGUAUUUCUAUAACGACCAAUGGAAGUCACAUCUUGGUUGGUUUACGAGAUGGCAAGCUCAUCAUUAUUGGUGUCAAGAACAAGUCUGACCUCAGGUUCCCACAAAGGAAGCCAAUGUUUGAUUUGUAAAUUAGAAUGCAAACAUCCAGGUAACAAUGACUAGAUUUAGAGCAUGUGACUAACACAGAUCAUACUUUGAUUGUACUAAGCAUUGAUAAAGGUUAAUAACAGAAUUUUAUAGUUUUAUCAUAGACUGAUGGUAAGAUUAAAUACAGACUCUGAAAAAUAAGUUUACAUGUCUUUCACUUAAUUCUUUUAUAUAGUUUGUAAAAAAGAAAAAAAGACGAAAAAUUGUAAAAUAACGUUGAGGUUUGAUGGCAUAUUUUGACACAUAAUUCAUACAAAUGACAUGGUACGGCCAGCCAGUGAUAUUUUAACUUAUAAAUAGAAUGAAAAGUCAGUGUAAAAGAAUGAUUGGCCUGAAACGCAUUUCCUAGAGAUUUGAAAACAUUCUUGAUGAUGUGAUCAGACGAAUAAAAAUGUUUUUAACUACUUGUUAAGAAAAACAGAUGAUAUCGGUAAAGUAUGAUAAGGAUUGAUUGAACUGAUGAUAUGGAGAAGAACAAAACAAAAAUUUCUAAAGAACUUUUGUUAACCUGUAAGUUUAUCAUGCUUAGUACAAUCAAGAACAAAGUUUACAAUAUAAACACAUGAUUUGGUGUAAGGCAGAGUGAUAUACUGGUAAAGUGUGUUUUUAGUAACAUUGCUUUACAACAUUUCAAAAUGUUUUAAGGCAAUACUGAAAUUUACAGAUGACAAAGUAACUGUAAGCCAUAUUAAGAUAUAACAUACUGUGUACUAUUUUUAGUAACAAAGUACAUUUUGUAUACAGCAUUACGGCACAGUUUAAAGCUAAACUAAAAUAAUAUGCAUUUCUGAUUACAUCUGACU